UAGGUCGAGUUUUGGCAACAAUAUUCUUGUAGGAGGUUUCGGUUAAAUGAUUUGUUUGUGUUUAUUGUUCAGGGUUGUAAUUUUUGUUGUGAUUGCCAUUUAAACGAACUUUAAAUAUGCCGGACUAUCAGAUAUUUCAAAAAUUUAAUCAAGAGGCAUUUACAGAACUGUUAGAUAUCAGUUUCAAGAGUCUUACACAGAAGCAACAGCCUAACGAAUCAUUCAAUCGAUACAAAACAGUGUGUGCCAAAUCAAGCAUUGAAUUUUCAGACCUUGAACCUGCAAUUCAAGCAUUUUUGCAAACAUGUAGAGAUGGUGUGAAAAAGUGUAAACCUAUAGCCCAGCUCAGUGAUGAGCUUAUAAAUAUUGGCAUGAAUACAGAUCAAGUGGAUAUGUUUUCUAAAAAGUGGGAAGAAGUGUAUUCUGCUCUGGUGCAAACAACAGCUGCUGAAACAAUUCAUAUCAAUCCAUUAAUAGACAUGGAAUGGAAAUUUGGUGUAUCAUCGGCAAGUAACCAACUGAAUGCUAUUGGGAAUGUUUUCUUACAAAUCAAAUUGGAUCUGGACAUAGGGAAUGGAAGGACUAAAAGUGUAUGUUUUGAGCUUCAGCUUUCUGAAUUUUAUGCAUUUUUACAUGAGAUGGAAAGAGCAAGAGCAAGUCUGGACUAUUUAAGUUGAAUGAAAUCGUAUGUUUAGAAGGUUCAGUGUAAAAAUAUUCUUAUAUUUUUAACAAACUAAGACAGUUGUUAAAUAUGUAUAUUAAAAAUUCUGUUUCAAUAAAUUUGUUAUAAAAUUUAA